GGAGAACCUCGUAAUUGUGUUUUCAACUUGAAGUGAUGGAGCAAGACAGUACUGAAGAAUUACUACAGAAAUAUUUCGCCUAUGGAUUCCAGCAACGGGAAAUUCUGGCUUUUAUGAAAAACCUACAUAAUAGACCCAUGUCUAGUCGCACACUCAAAAGAAUCCUGUCUAAACUACAUCUCUAUAGAAGGAAAAAUUACUCAAAAAUUGAGGAUGUUGCCAAGUUCCUAGAAAACGAAUUGAUGAAGUCUGGUCAACUUCAUGGCUAUAGGUGGAUGCAUCUGAGAUGUUUACAAAAUAACUUAAUUGUGACUCAGUCAGUUGUCAUAGAAUUACUAACUUAUUUAGACCCGCAGGGCGUAGAAACACGUAAACGAAAAAGACUGAGACGAAGGCAAUAUCACAAUAAAGGUCCUAAUUAUCUCUGGCAUGUUGACUCUUAUGAUAAACUGAAACCAUAUGGUAUUUGCAUCAAUGGCUGUAUUGAUGGAUUUUCUAGGCACAUAAUCUGGCUCCGUACUGGCUCCACUUCUAGUGAUCCGAAGGUUGUAGCAGGUUAUUAUCUGGAUGGAGUAGAAUUAGUUGGAGGAAUCCCCAAAACAAUAAGAUUCGAUUUGGGUACCGAAAAUAAAGUUGUGGAGGAAUUCAAAGGUGUCUGCAUGAAGUGUUCAAUGGAAGUUCCGGUUCGAGACCUCCUGUUCUUUACGGAAGAAGUACGGCUAAUCAAAGAAUUGAAUCAUGGUGGUCGAUUUUACGAAAGCAUUGUAGUCAGUACUGGAUAAACUUGUUCCAAUACCUGAGAGAAGAAAAUCAAUUUGAUGGCUCUCUUCUUGAUAAAUCCUUGAUUCAAUUUUGCUUUAUGGAUAUAAUUCAGAGGGAUAUGAAUCAAGUAGUUAUGGAAUGGAACGUUCACAAGAUACGAAGAUCAAGAAAUAGCAUCUCCCCUACUGGCAGACCAACGAUUAUGUUCGAGAUGCCUUCUUUAUAUCAGACACAAAGUUAUUUGACUAAAGUAUCAGAUUAUGCAAUUGAAGCUGUCAGAUCUAAAUGUAAAAUUCUCAGAUAUCCCUGUGAUAAAGAUUUUUAUGAUCUAUGUUGUAUUUUGAUGGCUGAAAAUGGAUACAAACACGAAAGUGAUCCUUAUCAAGCCUUGGAACUAUAUAUUACUCUAAGAAGAAUAUUGAAAAA